AGUCGGAGAUCACCAUGAAGCGGCCCAGGGAGCCGAGCAGUUCGGACGGCGAGUCCGACGGACCCAUCGACGUGGGCCGCGAGGGCGAGCUGAGCCAGAUGGCCAGGCCACUGUCCACUCCCAGCCCUUCGCAGAUGCAAGCCAGGAAGAAACGCAGAGGGAUCAUAGAGAAACGGCGCCGAGACCGUAUCAACAGCAGCCUUUCUGAAUUGCGGCGCUUGGUCCCCACUGCCUUUGAGAAACAGGGCUCGUCCAAGCUGGAGAAAGCUGAGGUGUUACAGAUGACGGUGGAUCACUUAAAAAUGCUCCAUGCCACUGGUGGGACAGGAUUCUUUGAUGCCCGAGCCCUGGCACUUGACUUCCGGAGCAUUGGUUUUCGGGAGUGCCUCACCGAGGUCAUCAGGUACCUGGGUGUCCUGGAAGGGCCCAGCAGCCGUGCAGACCCUGUCCGGAUUCGCCUUCUCUCCCACCUCAACAGUUAUGCAGCUGAGAUGGAGCCUUCGCCCACACCCACUGGCCCCUUGGCCUUCCCUGCUUGGCCCUGGUCUUUCUUUCAUAGUUGCCCGGGGCUGCCAGCCCUAAGCAGCCAGCUUGCCAUCCUGGGAAGAGUGCCUGGCCCUGUCCUUCCCGGUGCUUCCUCUCCUGCUUACCCCAUCCCAGCCCUCCGAUCCACUCCCAUUCGCAGAGCCGCUGGCACCAUCCUGCCAGCCCGGAGGAAUUUGCUGCCCACUAGAGGAGCAUCUUCCACCCGGAGGGCCCGCCCCCCAGAGAGGCCAGCUGCCCCCAUGCCCUUGGCCCCCAGCAGCAGGGCUGCCAGGAGCAGCCACAUCACUCCCCUCCUGCAGUCUUCCUCCCCCACUCCUCCUGGUGCUGUGAGACCUGCUGCUUAUGUGGCUGUUCCCACCUCCAGCCCAUCCUCCCCAGGGCCAGCUGGGAGGCCAGCAGGGGCCAUGCUAUACCACUCCUGGGUCUCCGAAAUCACUGAAAUCGGGGCUUUCUGAGCUGGCUUCUACCCCUACCCCCAGGAGUGAAGAAGGUUCUUUUUCCAGGAGCUCUGAAAACGGCACUACCUUUUUUCUGUUUUGCUUCAUGGAUUGGCUUAUGUGAUGAAGGCACCUUCACCAGCCAUUGGAAGCCCCCUUCUCCUCCUCCUGCCCUUCUCUCCUCCUCACUGUUCACCCAACUUAUCCACUCAACUCUUCUGGACAAGCUUUGAUCUAAGGCUUGGUCCCAUCUCUCACCUACACAGAUGAGUCUUGG